CAUUAAUAGUCUCACAUCUUACAUUCUAUUUUAAAAUUUCUUAACCUAGUGAGAAGUCACAAGUAGAAAGUCAAAACCCUCGAAACUUCGAAACUGUUUGAAGGAAGGAAAACCCUUCAUCAAGCUCCAUCAAAUCCCUCUCUCCUUCUUCUUCUAACUACCCACAUUCUGUUUUUCAAUUCCCAUGGAUUUCAAAGGAAAAAACCUCUGUUACAAGCGAAAAUCUCUCACAACCAAACCAACGAAAAUCAUAGUAAGUGACAGAAAAUUCCUCAUUGAUUUCAUAAUCACAACUUACCUAGGACCCGACGUUAAGUCUGAUAAUCCUAAAUGUUCAUCACUUCAAAGACUUUUCUCAGGUUUACCACCUUAUACUUCCAAUGAUUUAGGUUCUUCUUAUGUUACAAUUUCUCUCUUAGAGAAAUUGUAUUACUAUCUCCUUAAAAAUGCACUUCCUGAACUUAUAUUAGAUCUUGACAUGUUUCAUAUGUAUUUAAAGGGAAAAUUGGACUUGCCCAAUUCUGAAUUUUCAGAGGGUUGUCAACAAUUCACAAAUAUUUUCCCUUUGAGUCUACAUCAACAGAUUUGGUAUCCUGAUAGCUUUAGAAUUGUUAAAGGGGUUGUUUUGAUUGAUGACCCUCUUGUUUCGUUGUGUGUUAAAGACGAGGAUUUGGAUAGGUUUAGGUCGUUAACCGGUGUUACUACUUUCAAGUUGGAUUUAAGUGAAUGUCUUCGUGUUCGGAUUCACCCUCGGUCGAGCAAAGAAAGUGAUAAUGAUAAUGAUAAUGAUAGUGGCUGUGUUAACAAUGAGGGGUCGCAGUCGGAGAAGUUUCAACCAGAGUGUACGAGAAAGUAUGCUGGUGUGGAUACUCCUUUAAUGUCGGAAUUUCCGAAUUCUGCUAGUGGCAAUCCUUCUUCCAACACGAUGUGUGAUUCUGAUGGGCCUUCAAUGAUGCCGCUUCUCUCGUUACCUAACAUUGACAAUUGUGUGCAAGAUUGUUCUAUUGUUUUAACAGGAACAGCGAAGAGAGCGAUACUUGGUCCGUCCAUUGGUGUUGUGGAUAUUGGUAUUAGUAAAGUGGCGUAUCUGUUUCGAGUUUCCUUACCAGGUGUCAAGAGAGAGUACAAUCAGUUUAGUUGUGAUAUUGAAUCGGAUGGGAAGGUUGAGAUCAGAGGGCUGUUAUCUGGUGGAAGAACUAUAGAGAAACAGUCACGUUUUUUCGAGAUGAAAACUCAGCAGUUAUGCUCUCCUGGACCAUUCACACUUUCAUUCAAUCUUCCAGGACCAGUUGAUCCAAGACUCUUUGCACCGAACUUUAGGACUGAUGGAAUUUUUGAAGGAGUUGUAAUCAAGCUCUAGUUCUGAUAGACAAAUUUUUGUUUCUUUUUUGCGGUAUUGCACCAGAUGUUAUUAUGUAUCUAAGUUAACAUGGAACUGAUUUUGUUUAUCCUAUUGAGGAAAUAUAAUGAUCUAGACUAAUUAU